GGGCUGACGUGGCCCGGGCGCGGGGCGGACAUGGCGGACGGCAGCAGGCAGAGCCGGUUGGCCGCGGCCAAGAAGAAGCUGAAGGAAUAUCAGCAGAAGAACAGCCCUGGAGCCACUGCAGGAACUAAGAAAAAACGCAAAACUAAAGAAGGCAGCAGACCUGCAACUCCCACCACCGAUGACCAGCAGCCUCCAGAGAAUAUUCAGAACAUUCUGAAGGUGCUGGUGUCAGACCUUAACCGCUCCAAUGGGGUAGCCAUACCCUCAUUGGACAAGAGGAAGGCAUACUUUGACAGUGAUGUUGCCACUCGUAGUGCUGAACAGCUUGCUCCUGAUGUCCCUGUGCUAUCUAACAGCAACAGCCUCCCUAGUUGUGGUUCUGUUCUGCCUGCUCCUGAGAGCAUGCAGCUGACACAGAUGAAUGAAGCUGAGGAUCAUAAAAAUGCUUUGGAUGAGAACAGGUCUUUCUCAUCAACAGAGGGUCUCCGUCAGUUGUCUGAGCAACUCAACGGCCUGGUUUCCCAGUCUACAUCGUAUGUGAAUGGAGAAAGUGCUGUUUCUUCCACAAAUAUUAAGGAAAUGGAAACACGUUACCAGGAGCUGGCAGUAGCCCUGGAUUCCAGCAAUCUAACUAACAAACAGCUCGUUACAAAGAUAGAGGAAUUGAAACAGCAGAACCAAGAAGCAGUGAAUCAGCUGGAAAAGGAAAAGAAGGAGUUUGAACAGAAAUUUUCUAAAGAGCAAGCAGCACUGAGGGAACAGUUACAGGUUCAUAUCCAGACUAUUGGAAUUCUUGUUUCUGAGAAGUCAGAGUUGCAGACAGCCCUUGGCCACACUCAGCAAGCUGCACGGCAGAAAUCAGGAGAAGCUGAGAGCCUCGCUGCCCGUCUGCAUUCGUCCCGCCAGCGAGUGUCGGAGCUGGAGCGCACCUUGUCCUCCAUCUCCAUGCAGCAGAAGCAGUCAGAGAAGCAUAAUAAAGAGUUAGUGAAGGAGCGAGACAACCUGAAACUGGAACUGUACAAACGAAGCAAAAGUAGUGAGGAAAUAAAACAGCAGAAUUCAGAGCUGUCAGAGAAAGUUCACUCCCUGGUGUCCCAGAACUCAGCUAUGAAGUUGGAUGUGGAAGAUUUGCAGAAGAAAUUGGAAAUGGCUGAACUGAUGAUUCAACAGUUCUCAAGCCAGGGAGGGAGUCUGGAUGCAAACCAGCAGCUGCAGAUGGCUCUGGAGGAGAAGGCAAGCAUGGAAACCCAGGUAGCUCAGCUCUCAGAGUCACUCCAGCAGCUGCAGGCAGAAAGAGAUCAGUAUGUGGAGAAACUGAGGGAGGAGGGCAGCAUUUGGCAGCAGAGGGUGCAGCAGCUCUCUGAGCAGGUCCAUACAAUGGCAGAGGAGAAGGAGAAGCACAUGGCCAAAAUUCAGGAGCUGGAGAACAAUGUUACAGAGCUGUUGAACACAUCAGCAGUGAAGCCCAUGGAUAUCGAGCCUGCCUCACCACCAGGGCCCACAGCAGCCGAGCUCAGCCUGCAGGAGGAGAUCCAGCGGCUGCAGCAGGAGAAGGAGGAGCUGCAGGGGCAGUACCAGGCCCAGGUCAGGGACAAUGAGCAGCUGAGCCACCUGAACCGGGAGCAGGAGGAGCGGCUGCUGGAGCUGGAGAGGAGCGUGCAGCGCUACAGCGAGGAGGCCGUGGACAGGCAGCAGAUCCUGGAGGACAUGCAGAGUGACAAGGCCACCAUCAGCAGGGCACUGAGCCAGAACCGGGACCUGAAGGAGCAGCUGGCUGAGCUGCAGAAUGGCUUUGUUAAACUGACAAAUGAAAACAUGGAGGUUACAAGUGCCCUGCAGUCAGAGCAACACGUCAAGAAGGAGCUGGCCAAGAAGCUUGGGCAGCUGCAGGAGAACCUGGCAGAGCUCAAAGAGACGCUGGAGCUGAAGACACAAGAGGCCCGUGGCCUGCAGGAGCAGAGGGACCAGUGCUACAGCCACCUGCAGCAGUACACCCUGGCCUUCCAGCAGCUUGCUGCUGAGAAGGAGGAGCUGCACAAGCAAUUCCUGCUUCAGACACAGCUCAUGGACCGCCUGCAGCACGAGGAGGUCCAGGGCAAGGUGACAGUGGAAAUGCACCUGAAAGAGCUGCAGCAGACAAAGGAAAGUCUGGAAGCUGUAGCCAAGGAAAACAAAGAGCUGCAGGCCCAGAUCAGUCAGCUGGCAGCAGAAAUGGAUGGCAGGAUUUUGCACCAACUGGAGGAAGGCAAUGAAGCAAUGACUGAAGAAAUCCAAAAACCUUCUCUUGAGAUCCCAGAGAAGUUUGAAAGCCAUGAAGAAAUGGUCCUUUUCGUGACCUCUGCCAUGUCCCAGGUGGAGCAGGAGCGAGAAGGUCUGAGGAAGCAGCUGGCUGCUCAGAAGCAGCAGUGCAGAACCCUCCUGCAGCAAAUCACAGCUCUUAGGCAGGAGCAGCAACAUCAGGUCACACUGGAUGGAGGCUCCAUUAUGGAUACUGUUCCAGUGGAGGUUCACGAAGCUUUGAAAACUGCCAUGGACAAGCUACAGUUGCGUUUCACAGAGCUGAUGCAUGAGAAGGCUGACCUGAAGGAGCGGCUGGAGGAGCUGGAGCACCGCUGCAUCCAGCUGUCUGGAGAGACUGACACCAUUGGGGAGUACAUUGCACUGUACCAGAGUCAAAGGGCUAUCCUCAAACAGCGGCACCAGGAGAAGGAGGAGUACAUCAGCAGGUUGGCUCAGGAUAAGGAAGAGAUGAAGAUGAAACUACUGGAACUGCAGGACUUAGUGAUGCGCCUGGUGAGGGAAAGAAAUGAAUGGUACAGCAAGUAUGUAACAGCUGCUCAGAACCCAGAGCUGCUGGCAGGCCAGACUGAGGGCGGGCUCCCAGCAGAGAGGCGCAUGGAGCUCAACGCCACCGAUGGAGCAGGGUUACGAGAGGUGAAUCUGUCAGAUGAAGCAGAACAAGAGGCUGCUGUUCAUCAAUCCGGUUUGCCCCCUGCUGACAGCAAAGCUGCUCAGCCAAACCAAGAGGACCCCACAGCAAAGCAAAUAAUGCAGCUUCUCAGAGAAAUCCAGAACCCUCAGGAGAGGCUGGGCUCCCUGCUGGAAAACCCAUGCAUUCCCUUCUUCUACCGUGCUGAUGAGAACGAUGAGGUCAAGAUCAUGGUAGUUUAAGAGGUGCUACAUCUUACUGACAGCAACUUUCUGUGGGCCUGAAAGGACUUGAUGGACUUGUAUGUGCCCAUACCUGUGCUCAGUGCCCUUGGUGAGAACAGGUUCCUAAAGACAUCAGUAAAGAGAGAUUGUAUCAGAUGGAACUUGAGCAUCAGACCUCAUCUUCUCUUUCCUCUGUUACUCGGUGUGCUUGGAGGACAGGCAGACUCUUAACUCAUCCUGGGAGGCAGCUGGUGCUGCCACAUCACCUAGGCCAGGUUCAGACUGGGGGCAAAGGGAGUCCAUGACUUUUGGCAAAAUGACUUAACCCUUGUCCCAGACUCUGCUGCCACAGGAGCUCCCCAUGGUUCUGAUCCAUCACUCAUGCCUGUCAUCAGCCCAGUUCCUUCCAGGGCUCCCAGAGUAACUAACUGUUCUGCUAAUGGACUCUCUGGACUCUCAGCAGGUUGGGUUUGUUUUCAUACUAUGUAUCCUGAACUCCCCCUUGCUGCUGCAGCCCUGCCUCUUGCACCUGUAUUUCUGAACAGGCCCCCAGCAAGCAGCUCCCGGGCAGCACAGCCCUGCCUGUUCUCAUUGCCAGGGGAAGGGACCCAAGGGAGCCUUGAGGGGUUUUUGGUUACUUGACAAAGCUUUAUGUGAUUCUUGGGAGUGGGGUGGAAAUGUAACUGCACUUUGAAGGAUGAUGUGUUUCACUUGUAUGUGUCUGAAGGUUUUAUUUAUUUUAAGAAAUGGGAGAAAUUAAGUAAAAGGAAACCACUUAAUAAACAUGCUUCGUUUUGAAUUUCUGGACUUUAGGGGUUCUAGUUCUCCAUCCCUGAACUUUCCUCUUCUCCCAUUUUGGUAAGGAUGGCAGGAGAUGAGUGGAAACCAAGAUCCCAUGGUGCAUGUUUAAGGUCCUGGGACAUACAGCAGCAAGUGUGGUAGUCCUGGCCCUGCCUUGAAGCCAUAGCCCUGAUUUUUGGGAGAAAAUAGAACAGGGAGGGAGGAGAGGGCUCCCUGAAACAGCAGCAAAACAAAUCUGGGUGUGGAAGUUUAUGCCAUGUGAACUGAAUGUGGAUAUCCUGCAACUGACUCUGCCUUCAGGCAAGAACUGCCUGUUCUUAGGAUGGGUGAGGUCAAGAGUGGAGUUUGGAGGGAAACCACAGGGGAGGUUAAAGGGACCUGAUCAUUGGAGCUGUGUAAUUAAAGACAGGAGUGUGGACUGCUGCCUGAAGCAGCAUCAGCUGCCACCCUGUUACCUGCUGAGAUGGAAGCAGAGGAACACAGACACACAGAUUUGUGUUUGUUCAACAGCAGGGAUUGUGCUGGGUGAACCAUCAGUGCUUUACUGUGAGCCCCCAGGGGAAGCUGCUUUUUGAACUUUCAUUUAAAUGGCACAAGUGCUGUCAGUCUCUCCUCAGCACAAGUGACUGGGCUCCCCAGAGAUGGGGUGUGUACAUUCUGUAUCUGUGUAAAAUGUGUAUAUUCCUUGCAGAGAGACUAAGCCUGUUCAGUGUUUACAGAUGCUCAGGCUAUUCAUAAAUCUGUAUCAUAACUAAAAGGGGAAGGGCUGUGAUUUAAAACAGAGUAUUACUGUAGAAGGAAUAAAUAGUUAUUUGGUGUUUGCUCUAGAACUGUGAAGGACACAAGACUAGUGAAGGUCUGUGGUCUGUUGCAGAGGUGACUUAACCCUGUUACAAAUUUGCUUUCUGAAUAAACUUAUUCAGAGGG